CAGGGCUCUGUUGGCAUCACACAAAAAAUGGCGAACAUUUUUUGUGUCGUUUAUUAAAGAAAAAAGUAUCGUGGUGCAAAAAAGAGCUGAAGGAAAAAUAAUAAACACUGGAAAAAAGACAAAGAAAUAAAUCGACAUAAUUUCAACUAUUCUCUACAAUAACGUUUGUACAAAAAAAUCUCAUAAAAUUUAAAUAAAAUGGGAUCACGUACAGAAUCACGCAUUUAUGUUGGCAAUUUACCACCCGAUAUACGGACCAAAGAUAUUCAGGAUUUGUUUCAUAAAUUUGGCAAAGUAACAUUUGUCGAUUUAAAGAACCGGCGUGGUCCGCCAUUUGCAUUUGUAGAAUUUGAAGAUGCAAGAGAUGCGGAUGAUGCUGUUAAGGCUAGAGAUGGUUACGAUUACGAUGGUUAUAGAUUAAGAGUAGAAUUUCCUAGGGGCGGAGGUCCCGGUAGUUACCGUGGUAAUCGUAAUGAUGGCGGUGGUGGUGGUGGAGGCGGUGGCAGCGGCCGUGGUGGUAGAGAUGGUGCUGGUGGCCGUGGAGGUCGUGGUCCACCCACAAAACGUUCUCAGUAUCGUGUAAUGGUCACUGGCCUACCACCUUCGGGCUCUUGGCAAGAUUUAAAAGAUCAUAUGCGUGAAGCAGGUGAUGUUUGCUUUGCCGAUACCUAUAAAGACGGUACUGGUGUUGUGGAGUUUUUGCGUCAUGAAGAUAUGAAAUAUGCCAUUAAAAAGCUCGACGAUUCACGUUUUCGUUCGCAUGAGGGUGAAGUAUCGUAUAUACGUGUACGUGAGGAUUGUGGCGAUGGAGAUCGCGGCAUGGGCGGAAGAGAUUUUGGACGUGGCGGCAUGGGUGUCAGGUCACGUUCACGUUCCUUCUCACCACGUCCCCGAAGACGUGGAUCACCAACAUAUUCGCCAGUACGUCGACAAACAUUUUCAAGGUCACGAUCUCGUUCGAACUUUUAAAAUAACACAAAACUAAACAUUAUGCAAAAAAAAAAAACAUACUAACUAAAGUUACAACAAAAGAAACAAAAAAGUAAAAUUUAGCAACUCAAACAUUAUUUGGAAGAAAAACUUAAGAAACGUAUUUUUAAAACAUUAAGAAAACCACACAAGAGUAAAAAACAAAACAAAUUUAAUUUAAUUUAAUAAUACAAAAGUCACCAAAACAUUUAAACGUUUUAAAACAUUCUUACAAUUUUGCUUAGAAAGGCAAAUAAACAAAAAAUUGUCUUUAAUUUUUUUCUGAAAUAUUUUAAUAUAUUAAGAUUUUUUUUUUAUUUAUUACAUAUAUUUUCUUAUUAACCCAGAAAUCAAAGGCUUUUUUUAACUAAAACGAGUUGUUUUUGUUUUAAUAGCAUUUUCGUUUUUUAUGCAAGAAGCUUUGUUUUUUUUUAAUUUUUCUCUACUUUUAAUUAACUUAAUGGAGAGUUUAAAGAAACAGCAAAAAAAAAAGAAAAAAAAAAAUCAAGGUUGACAAACAAUUUCUCAAUAAUUUAGCUCAACUGUGGUCUUUGAAUAGAUUUGUUUUUUAACAUUCCUUGAUUUUUUAACAUAAUAACAACAAUUUGUUUUGUUAAAAUUCUUUUAUUACAAAAAAAAAAAAAAAAAAAAAAAAAAUAAUAAAAACAAAUUAAAAUGAGAAAUUUUUAAUUUAUUUAGAAACCCAUUAACAGGGAAAGAAACAAGACUUUUGAAAGCAAAACUUUACUUAACAACGAGUUAGUUUAUUCUUAUUCUUUCCUUGUUAAAGGGAUUUACCAUAAUAACCAAUAACCACCUAAAAAAUUCAACCAUUUUUAACAUAUUUUUUAAUUACCAAAAAUUAUUAAAAAAACAAUUUAAUAAAUAUGUUUAAUCAUUCAACUAAAUUAUGUAUAAAAAUAUAUUAAUAAUGAUUUUUUUUCUUAAUUUUUCUUCUCUUUCCUCUUCAAAUGGAUGGAAAUGUUAUUUGGAAUUGGAGGGAAGGAGUAAAGGAGGAUUAAUAGAAUGUUAUUAAAAAAACGGAUAUAAGGAUUUGAUUUGAAAAAAAGGAAAAAAUGGAUUUGCAAUUAUUGGACAUAAUUCACUUGAAAGGAUUUUUAGAGAAAAAAAAAAAAAAAAUAUGGAUUAAAAAAAGGAAAGAAAAAACUCUAAUGGAUUUUGUUAAAUGGAAUUAAAUAUUUUCAAAUUCAAAACUUCAAGGAUUUCAUAUGAAUAUAAAUUUCAUAAACUGGAGGAGUGGGAGGAUCAGCAGGAUUUUAGUAUAUUUGUCCGCAUUAAUUUGUAAGUUUUAUAGGUGUUUUUCUUUUCUGGACCUUCAUUAACACUUUACCAUUGAGUAUUAGGACAGCGUGGGAGGAUAUUUCAACGUGGAUUUCUUCUCUUAUAAACAGUUUUGGAUCUCAAUUAUUGUUCUUAUAUAUAUAAAAAAUAUAUAAAUCAAACUCAUUCUCCCUAUGGAUUAAACAAUUAUUUAACCCUCUCUUUAUAAAAAAAAAAUAACUCAAAGGCAACAUUU